AUGGCGCUCAACCGAACGGCCAUCGUCGGCUCGAGGGCCGACGAGCUCGAGAUCGACCUACAGUACACCUUCAUGAUGGACGACCUGGGCGAGGUCCUUUCCGAGAUUCUCUGCACUACUGGUUAGUUUCAGAGUUAAAAAAUGAUCAUUUAUUUCAUUUACAAGGAAAAAUUGUCAUUGAGAAAUCGAAAAGUUAGAUUUUCCUGAGUUAAAAAUUUGAAGUUUCAGCACAAAACAUACAUGUGAUAAGCAUGACUGGCGACAGCCAGGCCCCCCUCAAGCUCAAAAAGUAUUUUUUAACUAAGAAGAAAGAAUCGUUUCUGCCAAUCAAAUGAAAUUUACAAAAUGAAUUUUUUUGAAUUUAUAUUUUGUCAUAAUUCCGUCAAACUUGAUUCCGUCAAACUUGAAAUUAUGGCGAGAAUAGUCGAAUAUUAAUAAAACUGAGCUGAAACAUAACCUGGCCUUGAAAAAAAAACAACAGGAAAUAAACUCGCCCUCACGUCUGAUUUUCUGAAUUUGAAAGAAGCCCGAAAAUAGCCCUGAUAAUGACAGGAAAAUUCAGAAUUUUCUUUGAACAGAGCUGGAAAAAGCGCUGAAUUUUUCGGCCCACGACUAAUUUUUUAAACGGCCAAAAAGGCUUGAAAAUGACCGAAAUUUAUGAAUUUUUGAGUUUCUCGCGUAAUUUUGAUAAAGGGCUUAAAAUUAGCCUUGAAAAUUAGGCUUCACACUGCAAAAUUAGCCUAGAACGGACUUUUACAAGUUCAGAAUUAUCGCAAAAAUAGCCUCCAAAAACAGCAGCUUAAUUUUGAAAUCCUACGCUCAACAGCUAAAAUUCCAGAAACUCAAAAGAGCCAUUUUUUUAAGAUAUGACUUCUUGGAUCUUCUCUUCAGACUAUCACAAGAUCUGUGUCGAAAAUCCAAACCACAAAAAAAUUGUAGUUUUUAUACAGAUGCAAGAAAAAAGCGAAGUAGUUUUUUUGUACUUUGACUGGUUGGAUUCUAGUUGGUUCAUUGGAUGGAUUUUUUAUUCGAGCGACAUUGAAAAACUGAUUUUUAUAGAAAGUUGUAGAUUUUUUUCCACAAUGACUCAAAAAGUUUCAAUAUUUUUUUAUAAAAAGGUGACGUCAUUCCGAAGCGUCCGAGCGUAGUGUCGUACUGAAAAAGACAAUUUUUCUCAUUUUUUUAAAGGAUGACAUCAUUGUGAUUAGUUUACAAAAAAAUAUUUUUAUUAGAAGUUCAAAUAAUGUUUUUCUGUCACGCUUGUGAAGCUAGUGACUCAAUUUUGGAACUUAAAAAUAUAAAAAAUAUGGAAUUUUUUAUCAAAAAGUGACGUCAUUCCGAAGCGUCCAAGCGGUGUGUCGUACUGAAAAAAAGUCAAUUUUCUUAUAAGAGCUUGACAUCAUUGUGAUUAGUUUACAAAGAAAAUAUCAAUUAUAAGUUCAAAACAUUUUUUUAUUCUGUGACUUUUUUUCAAGCUGGUGACUCAGUUUUGAAGCUUACAAAUGGAAAAUGUAAAUUUUUGCGUGACGUCAUUCAAAACGUCAAGCGGAGUGUCGUACUGAUUGAUAUAACUUUUUGAGGUUUUUUUCCAUCAGUUGAGGAGAACAGUGCGAAUAGUUUGAGCGGAAGAUCUAACUUGAAAAUCAAUGAGUCUCUUGGCUUUUUCAAGCUUGUUACUUAACUUUGAAGCUAAAAAUGGAAAAUAUAAAAUUUUUUUAUUGAAAAGUGACGUCAUUUCGAAGCGUCCAAGCGGAGUGCCGUACUGAAAAAGUUCAACUUUUUUUGUUUGAAAUUUUCUUUUUUCCUAAAAAGAUCGAGAUCACUACUGUGUCAAGCGGAGAGAUGUACUCAAAAAAUCGUAAAAUAGUUUUUUGAUAGAAUUUUCUCGGACCGAUAUCGAAAUUUAAGGGGUGAUUCUCAACGGCACCCUGAUCACCCUGAUCUUGACCCACACGCCGAAGCCGAUGAGAAGUUACGCCGUCCUGCUCUUCAACUUCGCCCUCUUCGACCUCCUCACCUGCAUCGCUUCCUUCUUCGCCUGUCAAAAGUCUGAAAAUAUUAUCCUUCCUUCCUCGAUUCCACACCUUUUUCAAGAACGAUUUUCUCGGAUUUGGCUCUGACCUACAUCUUCCACGGCCCUUGCCGAUAUAUAUCCCCGUUUUUCUGCUACUUCUGCCACUGCUUCGUUUGUCACGCCAUGGCCCAUUCUCAAUGGAUCCUGAUUGUGAGUUUCGGCCAGAAAGGGGGUCGCAUCGGGAAUGGCUUGAAGCGUCGCGGAUGUUUGAACGUGAAAAAAUGCAUCUGAUUCAGUUUCUUUCGGGGAUUCCGAUUUUGUGCUUGGAAAAUGACGAUAAGACCCUUAGAAAGAGUUAUGAACUCUAAAAGUUUGAAAAAUUGAACCGGUACAUUUAAGGCCGCUAUAAUGUGUCAAGCAUGUGAAAAACUAGGAAAUUUUGAAUUUUGUGUCAAACAAUUCACUUUUUCGGUGGUAUGAAAAACACCAGAGAUAUGAAAAAUCGGAAUAGUCGCCGUUUGAAUUUUUCGCUGGUUUUUCAUACCACAAUUGUUUCCUGUUUUUUUGGGACCUAGAACCUCCCUGCCUUACAAGGAAAAGUUCAAACGAUUUUUUUUCAAUCCUCAGUUGCGAAAAUUUUCACUCAAAGGAACUUUUGAAGCACAAAUUCGGAAUCAGCGUGAAAAACUGACCAGUCCCGCGCUUUUCGAUAAAUCAGAGCGCAAGUCGUUUUGGGUCGGGCGAAAACAAGCUUCCAGACCUCUUUCUACUACCGCUACCGUAUCCUGGUCAAAGAGCAGCCGACAGUGAAGCAAGUCGUCGCCCUGACUCUCAUUUUCUACUCGUUCUCAUUCUUCAUCCUUGUAAAAUAUUAAGGAAUUAGUUGAAAAUCGAAUUUGGGUUGUAGAUCCUGUACUCGUUUGACGUCGGCGACAGCAAUGAGCUGAAGCAGAUCAUGUACCGGCUCCAUCCGGAGUAUCACUAUGAGGAUGAGAGCAUCUGGGGAGGUAAAGUUUUGGGAAAAAGUAGGGAAAAAGCAUACAUGGGCAAGUGCAGAACUUUUUAGAACGUAGGCUCACAAGAAUUAAUCAAAAAUAAUAAAAAAAUGAUUUUUUAAGCUCAGAGAGGUGGUCUUGGCAAUAAUGAGAACAAUUUUAACCUCAGGGGGUAACAAAUAAGUGGGAGGAACGGUCGGCGGCUUCCAAAAACUAUCUGUCCAUGUAUGAAAAGUCUGAGAAGCUAGCCUUGGUGCUUACACGAGAGGACAAAUUUUUCACACUUUUAGAAAAAUAAAUUAGGAAACUUGGAUGUGGCUCUCGUUACAUUAUCUUUUUUUAACAAAAAGCUCUGAAUUUUUCAGCUUUUUAGAAGACCUGAUAGAUGAAAGUUUGGUUUUUGAAGUUAAAAAGGAACCCUAGAAAAUGCUAAAUUUCAAGUUUAUCCAUUUUUCCAAAACGAUCCUGCAAUUUUCGAACUUUUGUGAGAUCCCCAGCUUUUAGAAGGUCUCAUAGAUGGAAGUUUAGUUUUUGAAGUUGGAAAGGAACCCUGGAAAGUGGUUAAUUUUUUUAUAGUUUAUCCAUUUUUUUCCAAGGCUUUUUCGAAUCUUUUUUUGAGAUUCGGAAAUAUUCUUCAUGCUAAAAUUCUCACGGAAGCUUCUGCGCUCCAUGGAGAUCUAUAGUAGUUGAAAAUUGUUUGGUUAUAGUUUCCGUUUUUUUUUUCGAAUCUUUUUCUAAAACUUCUGGGAUUUUUCCCCUUGGUAAGAGGUUCAGAACCGCUCGAAUUUUAUUAAAAAAGCUACCUGAAGCUUUCGCAGUCAAAACGGAGUCUGAACUCUAGAAAAGCUGUUUUUUUUUCAACUUUCAGAAGGGGUAUAUGUGCCUUCCAACAGUAAAAUCUAAUUACAAGAACUAGAAAAAAACCAAAAAAAUUCAGUUCUGACCGUCAGCAGGGAACACUACAAUUCUAUCGUUUGCCACCAGUUUCACAAUCCUCUACAUGACUUUCCCAUGCGUCCCAAUCUACGCUGCGAUUCACCAUUACCGUCAUCAGGUCUCAUUUAAUUAACCUCAAAAGUUCACGCGAAACUUCCAGACUUUGAAAAUCCUGGGUGGAAACGCGCUGGAAAUGAGUGAGGCCACCAGGAAGUCCCACAAGAAGAUGAUCAAAGCCUUGACGAUCCAAGCCAUGAUCCCGAUUUUCUGGCUCAUCGCCUCGGCCAUCUUCACGUCCGUCGAGUUCAAACUCAUCCCCAGCGGCCCUUUUCUGGAGAAUAUUACGUUCCGGCUGAUGGAUUGCUUCCCGACGUGCAGCCCUCUCGUUUCCCUCUACUUCAUCGCUCCUUACAGGUUUGUGGGUCGCACUUGGAAUGGCUCGGUUUGAGCCAAAUAUUCGAAAUUUGGGUGGGGAAUGGUCUUCGGAUGAAGGCGCACUCUAGCAGUGUCGGAGAUCCUAGAAAAGGGUGCAAAAAAGUUGCUGAAAAGGUUCCAUUUUGCGCCCGAUAUCGAAAAGGGUGCAAAAAGGGUCAAUGCAGGCUCAUAAAUGGGCGCUGAACAGUUCCAUAAUGAAACUUUUCUUCACCUUUUCUGUAUACCUACUUGAAGAUUGCCGACGAAAAAGUCGCUUAAAAUAACCCCGUUUUGUUUCUAAUAUCAAGCUUGAGAAAGGGUGCAAAAAGGGUCAGUACAGGCUCAUAAAUGGGCCCUGAACAGUUCUAUAAUGAAACUUUUCUUCACCUUUUUUGUAUACCUACUUAAAGAUUGCCGACGAAAAAGUAGCUUAAAAUAACCCCGUUUUGUUUCUAAUAUCAUCAAACUUGAAAAAGGGUCAGUACAGGCUCAUAAAUGGGCCCUGAACAGUACCAUAAGGAAACCUUUCUUCACCUUUUUUUUGAAGUCCGACUUGAAGAUUGUGCUUCAAGCCAUUCAAGUCAUGCGACCAACUCCUUUCAUCAAUUUUUUUGAAGUUUUUCCUGAUUUUUCCCUGGGGAGGUGUUGAACUCGAGACCUUUUUUUAACCACAUCCUAGCAAGCAACCUACUGAGCUACAUAGUUUGUUUUGUCAGAAAAGGACUCCUCGGCUACUGGAGCAAGUUGACAUGCCGCAAGCAGAACGCCGUCGUCGAUGCGGUCGUCAGCGUCAGCGGAGCCACCAAUCAGAACGAUAAAGCCAAAGAAAUUGCCGACCUUGCUUGA